UAGAUCGUGGAAGCGUGGUACUGUGUUGUAGAUUAUUACCGUAACGGGCUCAGUAGUGUGUAGGUUUGCCAAGAAAGAACUGACAGUCACCGUGCACAUGCUCAGUACGUCUCCGCUGGCUCGGUGCUGAAGUUGGGCGGACGGAAGAAAAACAUCUCUUCGAGAAAUUAAACAUCAGCAUACUGUACUGUACUGUAUGGCACAAAAACAACAAGACAUCAAAAAUAAAGCGAUUGUACUGCCUCUGCGACUCCUCUGCGACCCAGAGCCUGCCAAUGCUUGCUUCUGAUCAGGGAUGAGACAUGCAGUUGGUGGUUUCGUUUACAAGUGCUAAAGAAGCUGAAAUGAGAAAAAGGCAGCAACCAAUCAACGAUGGAAAUCCUCAAGCACCAGGCAAUCAGAGGCAGGACACUUGUUUUUUGUGGUCUUGUUGCUGCAGCUGUUCAUGGAGUGAAGAGACGGGUGGUGCUGAAAGGCAGACUUCAACUAAAAUGGAAAGCAUUGAAGCCUCAGAGGAGUGUCUACAACCAACACUUGAAGAGGUUCGGUCCUGGACCCAUAACUUUGAUAAAAUGAUGAGCAAUCCUGAUGGAAGAAAUAUUUUUAGAGAAUUUCUACGUUCAGAGUACAGUGAAGAGAACUUGCUUUUCUGGCUUGCUUGUGAAGACUUGAAAAAUGAAAAAAACAUGAAUGUGAUAGAAGAAAAAUCUAGGACCAUUUAUGAAGACUAUAUUUCUGUUCUUUCGCCGAGAGAGGUUAGCCUUGACUCUCAAGUGCGAGAAGUGGUCAACAGGAACUUGACAGAGCCCAAUUCUAACAUGUAUGAUGAAGCUCAGCUUCAGGUAUAUACUUUAAUGCACAGAGACUCCUUCCCAAGGUUUUUGAACUCUCCUGUAUACAAAUCUCUUCUUCAGCGUAGGACAAGCUCUACUUCAGAAACCUAACUAUUAAAAGAGAUGUGGGAUAUUUAAUAUUUUAAAGUGAAGCAAUUUAAAACAACCUGAAGCUGAUUUCUUGGAGAACAUUCAAACACUACUCAGGCUACUGUGAAAAAACACAGUCACUGUCUGUACUUUUGUAGUUUGUUCUCACUCAUACAUCACAAUAAGCACUUAAUCAGUUAAAACUAUAAUAUUUGUAGUGGUUUUAACUUUAAGUCUAACAUUGUGAUAUUGAAACAACAAAUAUAUUCUGAUUUCUAAUUGCAUAUAGCAAGAAGGGAAUUUUGAUGGACUACUAAGUAGCUGCAGGAGUAAAAUGCAACUAUUCUCAAACUGAUAGUAAAAUGCUUAAUGAUCAUGGUCAGUAAAUGACAGGAAUUACUGUAUGUUUCAAGAGGUCUCAAAAAUGUAUAUUUUAUCAGGAGCCCUGAAGAUUUGGGGGAAUUUGCUUCCAUUAUGGAAGCAGGGCACAGCACUGAUGUUCUUUCUAGAUUAAUCAGAUUGGACAGAAAAAAGGUGAAACUCCUAAAAUGGUUUGUCAACUUAAUGGUUAACGUACCAUUUUCAUAAAAUUUCUGUCUCACGGUCUAAGUUUAAGAAUGGGGUAUAAGAGCUACUUAUCAUUACUAAUAAACAACCAUUCACCUGGAUUCCUGUAGUCUUUUACUGCAAAUGCCAUUUUUCAGAAUUCAAAAGAAGCACAAAUAUUAAAAGGGAUCCAACAAUGGAUGUGUGCCGUUUUAUAAUAUAAAGACGUUUAUCGUCAUGUACUGAUAUCUUUAAGCUUUACCAGUACUAAACGGUUAACUUUCCAUGUUUUUUUAUUUUUUUUAAUAUGUGUAUGCAUUAAACAAAGUAAUCUUGAUACUUUUUUGGGCAUAAGGUACCACAUUAGAUUACCUGUUUCUACAUGUAUGUGGCAUUGAUAUAUAAAAAACAAAACAAAAAAAAAACACAUGUAAUUUGAUAUCUGAUAAACACUAAGGGCUGAUUUAACUUACAUUUACAGCACCGCAAAAAGGAGGUUAGAAGUUUGCCUUGACCACUAAACCUCCUGUUAAUGAUAAGCUGUAUUCCUCAGAUAAUGCUGUGAACAAAGUAAAAAUGUCAACUCCGCUGGCGUAUCUUAUGUACAGUUAAUGUACAGUUAAAAAACGAACAUUUAACAGGGAGAUGAUCUGAGAUGUUAUGAGUUCAGGAAAGGGUGCUUGCCGCGAUUGUAUUGCUUUUCACAGUAAGAUAUGUUGUGCUGUAAGCCUGCAUUCUGGUGUGUCAGAUAAGCAAUAUGUACCAUAUGUGUGUACCCUGUAGAAACCUCAAAUUGUAAAAGAGCAGAGUGAACUACUUUAUAUACUGUAUGUUAUUACUUGGUUCACAUUUCAUACUGAAACACACUCAGCAAUAUGUAGAAGGAUCAAGGUGCGCAGCUGUUUAGGAUCUGUGCACAUUAAUAUUCCAAUCAAUGGCGCAACACUAUUGCUUUUGUUUUAAAUGUGCCAGAAAAGCUUAGUAAUUUGGUCUACAAAGUUUUCCUUGCAUUCUGCACUGUAGCUAAAUGUAAAUCAGGCCCUACAGCACAAUGCUUAGCUAAGUUCAACAAAGUAUUAAAAGUCAAAUAUUUGUUCAAUUGUAACAUCACAUUAAAAAUCGUGCAUUUUUUAUGAACCACUUUUAUCUGACCUGUUUCAGAGACAUUAUUUGUUCAGAUAUAGGGUGGUUCAUGUCCGCAAGAUUUAAUACUGUCCGGAAAGGUUGGGGGACACCCUCCAGUUUUUAUAAGAGGGCAGUUUGAGUAAAAGAGGCUCUACUGAAUUUGGUCACUUUGUUUUAAUGUUCAUGUAAACAAGCAGUGUAAAUGCUGCAGGAUGUACAGCUGCACGCUGCCUGAAUAACUUUCUCUUGCUAGUGAACACCUUUAAUGGAUGCAGAGAAGAUGCCUUGAUGUUGUUUCUGAAUAUUUCACUUCACUUUCUCUUUUGCAUUUUGCACAGCACCACUGGAUAUUUGUUUAAAUGCUGAUUUAGUGCAUUUAAGUGUAAAAGUAAUAAAAAAAAAACUAAUCAUAGCUUCAUAACAAAGACACAGUAACCCCAAUAAAUCUGUUUCUAUGGUUAUUUGUUUUAACAUGAAAAUACUGGCCUUAUAUGUUUAAUUAUUUUUUAAAAAUGUCACCUUUUGCCACUACCUCUCAUGCAUGUUAUGUUAAUUGGCAUUUUAAUCGUUUAUGUAACAUUUGAAAUCUACUUGAAGCCUGACACUGUAAAGCUUCUGCAUGUAAAACAAACUUAUUAAGAGUACAGGUGUAAAGAAUUCAGGAAAUAACUGUGUAAGGGCUAAUCUUGUAUUCCCUAUGCAAAUAUUUGACCAUUGUAAUAUAUUUGAAAAAAUAGGUUUUACAUAUGUUCUGCAAAGCUGAAGAUAACAAGGUUUAUGUCUACUAUUGCUGAUUAUUCUAUCAUAUUCAGCACCUUUUCUUAUGUCUAUUUAUGAAAAUAUAUCAUAUAUGUUCAUUAUCAGAAAUAUUCAUAAAGAUUAACUUAAUAAAUAUGUCUUGCCUAAAUUGUCACUG